UAAUAUUGCUUUAGCAUUCUAUCCUCAUCCUCCUCCAUAAAUAACCCCUUUUCGCAACCUAUCUCUCAUCAAACACUUCUCUUUUCUCCUCCAAAUUGUCUCCUCGCUCCCUCAUCUCAUCAAGAAGUCAAACACUAGCUAAAACUAAAACAAUGGCGGUAAAGAGAUCUUCUAAGGUAACACAAACAGCAAUGUUAAAGCAAAUCCUCAAGAGGUGCUCGAGCUUAGGUAAGAAACAAUGCUACGACGAGGAAGGCCUCCCUCUUGACGUACCAAAGGGACAUUUUCCUGUUUACGUAGGCGAAAAGCGUACGAGGUACAUCGUACCAAUCACCUUCUUGUCUCAUCCCGAAUUUCUGAUCCUUCUUCAACAAGCAGAGGAAGAGUUCGGUUUCCACCACGACAUGGGUGGACUCACCAUCCCUUGUGAAGAAGUCGUUUUUCUCUCUCUAACAUCCAUGAUCCGAUAAGACGCAGAGAGAAUUUUACAUUAUGAUCAAGACUAAGAUUCUUUUAUUUUUGCCUUUGGAUAAUAAUUUGUUAUCCAAAUGGUUUUUUUUUCCUGGACUAAUUCUAAACCUGUAAGAUCCACCUAAAAGAUCAUUCUCUACACGGAUCAUGUAAAUCUCCAUCGGGUUUUAAUUAGUUCAUUAAUUCCCCCUAAUGGGGUUAGUAUUCGAUGGAACAUGUAUGUUUUUUUUUCCAUUGAGCUGAUAAGUGGUGGUUUGCGCUAAUAGAUGAUUUCCGCAAGUUGUAUUGGCCAUUUUUUUUUAAGGUUUGAAUAUUGUGAUCGUUCGAGUUCCUUGAAACGAAGAAAUGUUCAAUC